AUGUCAUGGCAAUCAUCCUUUCGCUGCUCAAAGUUUCGUCACAUUUUUGGAAAGUCUGCCACCAAGGAGCACAGCUACGACGGGGUGCCAAUCACGCGUAGUGUCCAUGACAACCACUACUGCUCAGCCAAUCCCUGCUUCAUCGCUGUGGUGACUGAGUGCGCGGGAGGCGGGUCCUUUUUAGUCCUGCCCAUCCAUCAUACAGGCAGAGUGGAUCCUCAGCAUCCAAGGGUUUGUGGCCACAGCGGCAGAGUCCUGGACGUCAAGUGGAAUCCAUUCGAUGAUUACUGCAUCGCCUCAUGCUCAGAGGACUGCACUGUGAAGAUCUGGGAUAUCCCAGUCUGUGGUGUCCAACAGAAACUCACCAAGGCCAGGAAAACCCUGAUUGGUCACUCCAGAAGAGUGGGGCUAAUUGAAUGGCAUCCAACUGCUGAGAACCUGCUGCUAAGUGCUGCCUAUGACUACAAGGUCCUUCUCUGGGAUGUAUCCCAGGCUGGUGCAGUUAUCAGGUAUCCAGUUCGGGUGGUGCUGAUGCCCAUCCACCACCGCUACCCAUCUGAGGCACUGCUGCUUUCAGUCAGCUUCAACAGUGAUGGCAGCAGGCUGGCAGUCACAUCCAAAGACAGACACGUUCGAGUCCUGGACCCUCGGACAGGAAAGAUUUUACAGGUAUCAAGCAGUAACUCACACAAGGCCAACAAAGUUUUAUACAUCGGGGGGUUGAAGUUGCUUCUGUCCACUGGCAGCUCGCCUUGGAACCACCGGCAGAUCGUCCUGUGGGACCCUGAUGACUUAUCUGAACCCUUAUAUGAAGAAGAUCUGGAUGGGUCUGCUGGAGUACUCUUCCCGUUUUAUGACCCAGACACACACAUGCUGUAUCUGGCUGGAAAGGGUGAUGGAAACAUCCGGUACUAUGAGCUAAGUGCUGAAAAACCUUACAUCAGCUACCUGACUGAGUACAGGUCCCUGCUCCCACAAAAAGGACUUGGGGUGAUGCCAAAGCGUGGCCUAGAUGUGACCGCCUGUGAGAUUUUCCGGUUUUAUCGCCUGAUUGCCAUCAAAGACCUGGUCGAACCGCUGUCCAUGAUCGUACCACGCAAAGAGUCAGGAAUUUUUCAAGAGGAUCUGUACCCGAUGACAGCUGGAAACCAGGCAGCCAUGACCGCUCAGGAGUGGCUGUUGGGGGUCAACAGAGGCCCAGUGCUGAUGUCCCUGAAGCCAGACACUCGAGUAGCCAACCCUUACCCAGAAACCCCAGCUGAGAAGGGGCUGGUGAGGCAGCUUAGCUCCCUCAGGUUUCAGAGCAGCCAGGCUGCAGUGACAGAGAUAGGCCAAGACUUUAUAGAGGAGGCUUUUCUGGAGGAGCAGCUGUCCUAUCAGGAUGCCAAAUAUCCCAAAGAUCUGAGCGAUCUGUCGGGGUGGCAGCCAGACGAGACCCAGGUCCCACUGUGGACAUACUGCUGCACCCCACACUGCUGCGAGCCUGCCGAGAGACCGCCACCAAUGACCGAGAGUGAGCUACUCCAGGCAUUUUACAAGCAGCAGGAUGAGAUCAGAGGCCUGAAGGAGGAGCUCCAUAAGAAAGGCAUGAAAAUUGCUCAGCUGGAGCAGGAUAUCAAAAACACCAGAAAGAACAUGAGAGCGACCUUCUGA